CUUUUUUUGUGCAAAGGUUGAAACUGGGACUACAGCUGCAGAGUUGGAGGCAAAAAGGCACAAACUUAUUGCGGGUGGUGCACCACCAGAAUCAGUUAGAAUAUGCUCGGUAUGCAAUAUCGUGUGCAACAGUGAUAAGGUGUUUGCGCUUCAUCUUGCUGGACAAAUGCAUGCCCACAAGGCCUUUGGAAUACCACUCAGUGCAUCAAAGCUGAAGGUUCCCGCCCAUGUGAAAGCCCUGCACUCAACCAUAAAGCCAAAGGUUCCUAAUGCUGCUCGUAGGCCAGUCUCUCAGGGUCUCAUUACCUUUGUGCAAUCAUCAUAUUGUGAUGUCUGUAAGGUACAUUGCGACACCCAGGAAGUCCUCAAUAGCCACAAAUUAGGCAAAAAGCACAUGAAAAACUUGCAGAAGCUUCAACAGUCUCUCAAGCCAAAGCCUGAAACCCAAAGUCUUCCCACCCAGCCAUCAUAUUGUGAUGUUUGCAAGGUACACUGCAACACUGAAAACGUCCUCAGUAAGCACAAAUUGGGCAGAAGACACGUGAAAAACUUGCAGAAGCUUCAAGAGUCUCUCAACCCAAAGCCUGAAACCGACAAUAACAACAACAACACAGUGAAUGAACCCGCAAAGCAAGACUCUGCAUCAAAAGUGGAGGAGGAUCUGGAGACAAAGAAGCAGAAGGUUUUGAGCGGAGGAGCUGCAGCUGAUGCAGUUAGAGAGUGCACUUACUGCAAUGUUGUUUGCAACAGUGAGGUGGUGUACUGUUUUCAUGUUUCAGGGAAGAAGCAUAUUGCUGCAAUGAAGAAACAUCAAGAGGCGCAGCAGCAGCAGCAGUAGCGGAGUUAGUUUUCAUAACAGGGGGUUUUAUCUGGUACCUGUAACUGAAUCUAUUUAGUUCCCGUUUGGAUUUAGUUUGGAUUUAAUUUAUACGAAGUCAUUGCUCAUGUUAAAUUGCUUUUCUUACCGCUUUUUGGGGAUAUCCAAUGUCGAGAAAUGCACUGCUAAUAAUUGCUUUUCUUAUCGCUUUUUGGGGAUAUCCAAUGUCGAGAAAUGCACUGCUAAUAAUUGCUUUUCUUAUCGCUUUUUGGGGAUAUCCAAUGUCGAGAAAUGCACUGCUAA